AUGAAGUUAAAUGAAUAUAUGGACAAAGUUGAGGAACGAAUUAAAGCUCAUAAUGACAAAUUAAUGGAAACACUUAAACAACAAAAAGAGGAUAGAGAGAAACGACGACAAAGUUUUCAUGAGCGUCUUGAAAUGGGCCGUAGCGAAGAUGAAGAUUUUCAGAAACAAUUACAUUCGGUUCUAAAUCGUGUGGAUUCAAUUCGUCGAGUCUGA